CUCUCUAAUAUCUGGAGCAACCUCCACCCGCGCCCCGACUCCCAGUCCUAGCCCCGCCUCCACCAAAAUCCGAACCCUAGCGCCCCGGGGGCCGCCAGAUCCCCGCCGCACCCACCCCGCCAUGCGGAUCCGCAAGAGCGCCACCCGCCUGCUCGGCUCGGCCUACUCGGCCUCCGCGGCCCCAGCCCCCGGCGCGCCGGCCCCGCCCGAGCUCCUCCUCACGACGCCGCCGCCGCCGCCGCACCCCGCGGCGUGCUCCCCGCCGCCCGAAUCCAGCGGCUGGGGCGGCUACUCCGGCCACGCCACUGCCUCCGGGGAGGCCUGCGAGCUCAGCCGCUCGCCGUGGGACCUCAUCGCCGAGCUCUCCCUCUCCGACCCCCAGGAGGAGGACGACCUCGUCGACAGGUACUUCGUCCAUGUCACGACUCGCGCGAGCUGGCUCUUCUCGGCCAGCAUGCCGGUCUCCAACGCCAAGAGGGUGGCCGCGGCUGCCAGGGAGAGAGCCAAGCGGCGGCGCGAUGCGGCCAGGAGGGCGCUGAAGAGGGCGGCCGCGAGCGAGGAGAAAGACAAGAAGAAGGACGCCGAGGCCUGGAGCAAGGCGAAGGUGAAGAAAGAGGAGGGGGAGCAGGCGCAGGCGGCGCGGGUCUGGAAGUGCAAGAAGAACGACGGCAAGCGGUGGCACUGCCACCGGACAGUGAGCCAGCCCAACACCCUCUGCAGCUACCAUUUCGUGCAGAAGCGCUCGUACCUGAACCCGGACUACGAGUUCCCCGGGGUGGUCGAGCCGGAGGAGCCCGCGCGGCCGGUUCGAGCCGCCGCCUCCAAGCCCUCCGGCAACAGCAAGCCGCGGAGGAAGAAGCCCACCAGCGACUUCAACGCGACCGAGGGCUUCUACUACUACGCCGGGUUCGGCCCCUUCCGCAGCAAGAGGCACUGCAGGAGCGGCGGCGGCACGAACGAGCCUGCGCCUGCUGUAAAGCAAGAAGUGGAGCCUGUAAAGCAAGAAGAGGAGGAGGAGGAGCAAGUGCCCGAACACGCUUCCCCUCCUGCCGCAGACCAGCUGGCCCGAGCUGCCGAGGAUGCCAAUCGUGACGCUGCGCCUCACAACGAUGUGUCUACCUGCGACGACGACAUUGCAGGGAUCGCCGGCGUCGACGAGGAUACCAGCGACGACGACUACGACGGGAUCGGCAUCGCCGGCAGCAGCGUGGACGGUGACCCGCGGGCCAGCAACGGUGGCGGGAAGAGGAAGACGCCGUGGAAGCGGUGGAAGAGGAAGCCCGUGAAGGCGAGGUCGCUCAAGUCCCUGAUGUGAUGGUGGAUGAUCAAGCAACCCCUGCUGUUGUAGGUGGACAGGUUGGUUAAUCAGCUAGCUUGGCAUAAUUAGCUUAAUUCCCCCUAGCUUUUUUUUAUCCCGUCCGGUUUCACUGGUGACUUGGUUGGACAAACCGUCUGUGUCUGCAGGUGGCUUCUGCCAUCCUGAUUUUCGCCUGUUCCAAUCUUUUGUCAUCGAGCUGAUUAGGGCAGUUUUUUGUGCGUGUUAAUUCGGUGCCGUUCGCGUAGAGAUGAAUGUACUUGUAGUGUUGGGCUCCUCGGAGGAAUAAUGUGAGCUUGUGUC